AUGAUGAAGGUGUUGUUCGUCGCUGCGUUUCUCAGCGUAGCAUUCGCUGGUCCUACAUACCGCCGGGAAGAGUUGGCUGCUAUAAAACCAACAUUUAUUUCCGUCGGCCCUGCUAUCGUUGACUCUUACGAGCCAAUCUCCGUUGGACCUGCCAUCGUUAGCCCCGACCAAAUUUCUGUCGGUCCUGCUAUCGUCGACUCCUACGAGCCAAUCUCCGUUGGACCUGCAAUCGUUAGCCCCGAACAGAUUUCUGUCGGCCCUGCUAUCGUUGACUCCUACGAGCCAAUCUCCGUUGGACCUGCCAUCGUUAGCCCCGACCAAAUUUCUGUCGGUCCUGCUAUCGUCGACUCCUACGAGCCAAUCUCCGUUGGACCUGCAAUCGUUAGCCCCGACCAAAUUUCUGUCGGUCCUGCUAUCGUCGACUCCUAUGAGCCAAUCUCCGUUGGACCUGCAAUCGUUAGCCCCGAACAGAUUUCUGUCGGCCCUGCUAUCGUUGACUCCUACGAGCCAAUCUCCGUUGGACCUGCCAUCGUUAGCCCCGACCAAAUUUCUGUCGGUCCUGCUAUCGUCGACUCCUAUGAGCCAAUCUCCGUUGGACCUGCCAUCGUUAGCCCUGAACAGAUUUCUGUCGGCCCUGCUAUCGUUGACUCCUACGAGCCAAUCUCCGUUGGACCUGCCAUCGUUAGCCCCGACCAAAUUUCUGUCGGUCCUGCUAUCGUCGACUCCUAUGAGCCAAUCUCCGUUGGACCUGCAAUCGUUAGCCCCGAACAGAUUUCUGUCGGCCCUGCUAUCGUUGACUCCUACGAGCCAAUCUCCGUUGGACCUGCAAUCGUUAGCCCCGAACAGAUUUCUGUCGGCCCAGCUAUCGUCGACUCCAUUGUAAACUCUGCACCCAUUGUUCAGGUAAUUGUUAAGGUGAAUUAAUAGACUGAAUAAAUAAAAUAAUUAAAUAUG